UUUCUAUAGAAAGGCCUGGUGGAGGCUAGGCUUGACUGGUCGCUACGCGCGCACAAAAUAGACAAGUUCCGGCCCAGUGGCGGUACUGUACACACAUGUUAAGACAUCGAUACAACAGUUUGCACGGCAGACUACGUCACACGUCGCCCGAGCAGCUGGAUACAUGCACAGGUCUAACGUUACACUGACGUGUAUUACUGUAUACACAGCACUGUCAUCAUAGCCACUUGUUAUUAGUCGGCCAUUUGGGCAUGUGAGAACACCAAACCGGGUCGCGGGGGCGUCCGCCAGCACGGAAUACUAGCACUAGUAGACCUGUAGGACUGUUUCGACUAGCUCGGCUGUCGUCACUGGAAGAACCGGUUUUUCUGCACGAUCUUCCGGCCAUUGUUUACGUGUGAAUCGGUGUGACUGUGUUAGUAGUAGGCUUACAAAGUCGCCAAACAGGUGGUCUGUACAUUGACCCAAACCGGAGUCUAGGAACUGGUGCGUGACUUGAGAGUGUGACUUCUAGUUUGACUGUACGCUGAGACUAGACGGAGGCGUGUAUACGGGGUAAAUGGCGUCAGAGUCCGAGGAGGAGAAGAGGAAGAAGCAGGCCCAGAAGGCGGCGGCCCAGCCCUCGGGGUACCGCGUGGUCGUUCUCGGGGACGGCGGCGUGGGGAAGUCGUCUCUCAUCCGCCGGUUCGUCAUGGGCUCGUUCGAGGAGAACCUGAGGCCGACGCUGGACGACAUCUACCUGCACCCGCUGUACAUGGACGGGCGCCGCAGCCGGAUGGAGAUCGUGGACACGGGCGGCACGCACACCUUCCCCUCCCUCAGGCGGCUGGAGAUCUCCCAGGCACACGCGCUGGUACUGGUCUACUCCGCCACCAGCCUCAAGUCAUUCAUACGUGUCACAGAUAUCAUGGAUUCUAUCUCUGCUGUCGGGGGAGGGGUGCACAACACGCCGAUCAUCAUCGUCGGCAACAAGUUCGACACAGAGUCGGAGAAAACGCGCCAAGUUUCCGUCGACCAGGGCUUCCAGCUGGCCCGUCUCUGGAACUGCAGGUUUGUGGAAGGUUCCGUCAAAAGCUGCAACAACAUCGACGUCAUCUUCGAGAAGCUGAUCGACCAGGAGAAGCGGUGGCUGGUGACGCUGUCCAAGACGUCCAAGAUGGACGCCUUCCGGUCCAAGGUGCGGAAAGCGUUCGAGGAGAACACGCGGGUACUGCGGAGUCAGACGCCGAGGGACCCGUGGAGAAAGGUCCCUCCCGUGGUCGUGGGAACUUGAUUGUUUUUAUUCAGAAGCACAGUGAUGAAUACAAAUAAAAGGACAUGGACUAAGUGACUGCGAACUAAAGUUAGGUACAACUUAUAUCCUCGCAGCCACUUUUACAAUGGAAAAAAGGGCGUUUACAACUAAGACAUUUGUAAAACUAUGGAUAGCAUGAGUCAAACCUCCCACCCCAGAAGAGAAGGAAAGCAUAGCAGGACACGUACAACUAGAAGCGUUUUGUUUCUGUGAUGUAGUUUUGCGCGGCUAACAUAAUUUCACAGUUAAUGUCAUUCGAACAAACCAAACUGCCGCGAAGAACUAAAAGUUGUUUAGCAUUGUCAGAAAGUGUGAAAAUUAAUACUGUGUCCAAGUAUGCUUAAGCUUGAUUUCUAGAACUUCUGUACACAUUGAAAAGACUCCACAGACUUUUAAAGUGUUUUAACGUUUGGACAAUAAUGAUAACUUUUUUUUUGGAAAUCCAAGCAAAACAGUAGUAAAUUAUGAGAUUUCUAGAACUUCUGUACACAUUGAAAAGACUCCACGGACUUUUAAAGUGUUUUAACGUUUGGACAAUAAUGAUAACUUUUUUUUUUGGAAAUCCAAGCAAAACAGUAGUAAAUUAUGAGAUUUCUAGAACUUCUGUACAUAUUGAAAAGACUCCACGGACUUCUAAAGUGUUUUAACGUUUGGACAAUAAUGAUAACUUUAUUUUGAAAUCCAAGCAAAACAGUCAGUAGUAAAUUAUGAGAUUUCUAGAAAUUCUGUACACAUUGGAAAGACAUACUCCACGGACUUAAAGUGUUUUAACGCUUGGACAAUAAUGUUAACUUUUUUUUGGAAAUCCAAGCAAAACUUGAGUAGUAAAUUAUGAGAUUUCUAGAAAUUCUGUACACAUUGAAAAGACUGCACGGACUUUUAAAGUUAACGUUUGGACAAUAAUGAUAACUUUUUUUUGGAAAUCCAAGCAAAACAGUAGUAAAUUAUGAGAUGUAACGUUACUUAUUAUUAGUACUCACAGAGAAGAAAAACUAAACCCAUACGCCAGUAAGAUUAAAGGUGAAAUAAGAACUAUUCUUAAUCAAUUCAGGAAAG